CUUCAGUCAACACUGUUAAGUUGUUUUGACGAGAACCCGAGGCUCGUCAAUUGUCAAACUGCAUCAAUUAUUUCCACAAAGAAUUUAGAACGGACAGACUUACCGCUUCGGUAAUUAUCACUCAGCAGUGCGAUCCAGUAUAUUCCACCAGGGCUUACCUCUCUAAUCCCCAAUAUUAACGGAUAAUGUCGUGGCUGAUGACAAGACAGAAAUCUACAGAGAGCACGAGCGAGGAGGAGAAAGACGACUUAGAAAGUCAUCCGAGCGUUAUGAUCAGCUCUGUUGACGAGAUUAUGGAUGACAGACCUCCUUUUUGUUUGAAUGAAGAGCAGCGAAAGAUGAAGACGUUUCACGAACGCAAAACAGACCUAAAUGCUGCGAUAGAGUGGAUUGUUAAAGAAAUUAAAAUUCUCAAGCAGCAAGACCAAAAACUUAUGAAGCAGUUUGUACAACUUCGAGGCGUCCUCAACUCAAUCAAGAAUUGCCCACCGUCUCCAGUGAUGUCUCCAAUAUCUCCAAUCGAUCGAAAAAUCAGUCUUCCCGAGACCUCUCCGAACUCACCAUUUCGUCCCCCUAGUCGGAUUGCCGAAAAGUCUUCGGAGAGGUAUUAUAGGGACGAAGCCUCGCCUGGUCUCCGAAGAAGGGCGGUGUCAGAUAACUCGGGAAGGUCACUUCUGACCUAUUCCAUGUCUUCAUUGUCUUUUGAUGAAAGCGACUUCACAAACGAGAACUUUGAGCACUUUGCAAUAUGAAGGGAAAAAAUUUAAAAAAAUAGAAUUAAUAGACUUUUGAACACAGUUAACGAAUAGCUUUUUCGCGCAAUCGGAUUUAAAUAUUUGAAAAUUUUUGUAAAGAUUAUUUCCAGAGUUAACAGUAAAUAAAAUUUGGUAUGAUCGUG